CAAGAUAUAAAUUCUUCUAUAAAAGCAUCUCCUUCUUACUUCAUCGUUAACUUCCAUCAUCAACAUAAAUACUCCAAACCGACUGCCGCCAAUGAUGAUCGUCAACACCAACAACAAAAAGGCAAUGUUCAUUGUGACGCUCUCCAUUGUUGUUCUGCUGCUUCUGAUUGAACAUGUCAACAGCAAAGAAAUGAGCAUCAACGUCGACCUAAAGGAUGAAGUUAGCAAGGAUAAAACGCCGCAGAAGGAGGAGGAAAAGUUGGAGAACAAAGCCCCUGCCCCAGUGGAUCAUAACUAUCAAGCUGAGACUGUUAAGACGGAGGAUAAGGGAUCCAACGCCUUACUAGCAGUGGCUGUCGGCGAUCUUAUCAUUUCUCUGCUUUGUUCGUGCUGCUGUUGUGUUUUGUUGGCGGUUCUGCUCUAUUUCCUUCUCUUCAAGCGCAAGCAACCACCACCACCACCACCACCACCAUAUAGGGAAUGA